UGCGCACCGCCGCCACCGGAGCCGGAAGCGCGGCGGGCGGGGCGGGCAGCGUUGGGCGCCGCCAUGAGCUUCCUCAUUGACUCCAGCAUCAUGUUCACCUCACAGGUGCUGUUCUUUGGAUUUGGGUGGCUCUUCUUCAUGCGAAAGCUCUUCAAGGAUUAUGAGGUGCGACAGUAUGUGGUCCAGGUGAUCUUCUCUGUGACUUUUGCCUUCUCUUGUACCAUGUUUGAGCUCAUCAUCUUUGAGAUUUUGGGAGUGUUGAACAGCAGCUCUCGAUAUUUUCAUUGGAAGCUGAACCUGUGUGUCAUUUUGCUCAUCCUGGUCUUCAUGGUGCCCUUCUACAUUGGUUACUUUGUUGUGAGCAAUAUCAGAUUAUUGCACAGACAGAAACUACUUUUUGCAUGUGUUGUGUGGUUGACAUUCAUGUAUUUCUUCUGGAAGCUGGGAGAUCCAUUUCCUAUCCUCAGCCCAAAACACGGAAUCCUGUCUAUAGAACAGCUCAUCAGCCGUGUUGGUGUGAUUGGGGUGACACUCAUGGCUUUGCUGUCAGGAUUUGGGGCUGUCAACUGUCCAUACACUUACAUGUCCUACUUUCUCAGGAAUGUGACAGAUGCAGAUAUUCUGGCUCUGGAGCGACGACUCCUUCAGACUAUGGACAUGAUUGUUAGCAAGAAAAAAAGGAUAGCAGUGGCUCACAGGACAAUGUUCCAGAGAGGAGAAGUGCAUAACAGACCCACUGGCUUCUGGGGAAUGAUAAAAAGUGUUACAACAUCUGUUCCUGGCAGUGAAAAUCUGUCCCUUAUCCAGCAAGAAGUGGAUGCCCUGGAAGAAUUGAGUCGGCAGCUUUUCCUGGAAACUGCUGACUUGCAUGCAACAAAGGAGAGAAUAGAGUAUUCCAAGACUUUCCAGGGAAAAUACUUUAACUUUUUGGGUUAUUUUUUCUCCAUCUAUUGUGUCUGGAAAAUCUUCAUGGCAACCAUCAAUAUUGUAUUUGACCGUGUGGGGAAGACUGAUCCAGUCACAAGAGGAAUUGAGAUCACUGUAAAUUACCUGGGAAUCCAGUUUGAUGUCAAAUUCUGGUCUCAGCACAUUUCCUUUAUUCUUGUUGGAAUAAUCAUUGUUACCUCUAUUAGAGGGUUGUUAAUCACACUUACAAAGUUCUUCUAUGCCAUUUCCAGCAGCAAGUCCUCCAAUGUUAUUGUUCUGCUGUUAGCACAGAUAAUGGGAAUGUACUUUGUAUCAUCAGUGCUCCUGAUCCGCAUGAGCAUGCCUCCAGAAUACCGCACCAUUAUCACAGAGGUCCUGGGAGAGCUCCAGUUCAACUUCUAUCACCGUUGGUUUGAUGUGAUAUUCCUAGUUAGUGCCCUGUCCAGUAUCCUCUUUCUCUAUUUAGCACACAAACAAGCCCCAGAAAAGCAUAUGACCCUCUGAGGCAGAACUGCAGGCAUGCACUGCUCUCUGUCCUGUCAGCUGCACUGCUGCAGCUCCUGUGGAUUGCAGAACUUGGAGAGACAGGACUGCUCUGUGUGUUUGGCAGUGUAACUGCAAAACUUGGAGAGACAGGACUGCUCUGUGUUCUGGCUCCUUGAACCUCCACACGUGUCAUCAUCAAGCUCUGUGGCUCAUUUUCUUCAGUGCCACAGCUGGAAGGGAUGGGGGUGUGUGUGUUAAACUCGAAACAGUUAAUUGCAAAGUCAUAAAAGCAAUCCUGGAUACACCACUAUCCAAGGGCAUCAGAGCUUGUGUGGUAGGCUGGCUGAGGGAGCACCUCCUACUGUUGGAACAUUAUCUUCACAGAAGGCACAAAGAAAUGUGAUUUUUGUUUUGAAAAUCAACUUAUAAUUGGGAUUUGGAGGACAGCAAUUCUGGAAUUGAAUGUUUGAGUCUGUGGAAUUAAAUAAGCUUUUGUAAUA